UUUCGCCGAGCCAAAUUCAAACUAAGACUAGAUCCAAUUUCAGCUGCCUCAACAUGCACAGAAUGCUGCUCUACACUUUGGUAAUCGUUGCCCUUGCUUUGGUUCAGGCCUGCCAAAUCCAUCAUAAUCUGACAUUUCCUGCUGUGGACCAAGUUUCCGACUGUUCUGGCCACUACCUCACUUUUGGUAAUCGGAGUUUGACAAGGGAUCUGCCCACAUUAACCCCAGGCAAUUCGAUGUCAUCUCGGCUUGAACUUUGCUUUUAUGGCAAACCUUUUACGCUGGGGCAUUAGCCGUGCAUUGUUGUUGCUUUGUUAUUGCUUGAAUAAAUUGUUGUAAAUUAUUAAUUAU